UGCCAUCGAAGCCACCACGACCGAGAACCUAUCUGAACAUGGCGAGUACUGCCCUCAUCGAAAAUGGUGUCCUUGUCGACGACAAGGACGGCAAUCCCGACAACGGCACGAAACUUUCGAGACCGACAUCGGCCACCGCUCGGGCUUUUUUUGCGGCGCUGGACGCCCAAACGGCACAUUCGGUCAACCCCACAUCCUUUCCCCUUUCGGCUAGUACUAGCAAUAUCACCCGCAACAAAGGUAGUACUAGAAACACGACUAGUGCUACCAAUACGAAACGACAACCGAGUGAAUGGAUGCACCAGCGUAUUCAGUCACUCGGUUGGCGCAAUCGCUAUUCACAGGAUGAGGACUACCCAGUCACCAUUGCCAAUCAAAUCGUAAAAGUACGGCAAGUCCAGCGGGGGGAAGCGGAACAGACGUACGGCACCGGUGCUACCGUUUGGCCCGCUGCCAUGGUCCUCCUCAAGUACCUCGAGCGACAUUCCGUUACACUCCGGGGUCGCACCGUCGUCGAUCUCGGCGCCGGUACGGGCGUCACCAGCAUUGCGGCAGCCUUUCUGGGCGCGAAGCGGGUACUCUGUACCGACGGCGAACCCACUGUGGUUCAAUUGGCCCGUGAGAACAUUGUCCGUACCGCUGAGUCGUUGUCGGUUUUAAACACUACCACAACAGCAAUAACCGUCACGACGACCGACCCAAUGAACGUCAGUGUCAUUCAAGGCUGCCCCGUGCACACCCAACACUAUUGGUGGGGCACGGGUAGCAUUCCAGACGACUGGGAGGUUGAUGUAGUACUCGUGGCGGACUGUGUACUCCCCAAGCUCUAUCCGAUUGCACCCUUGGUCCAAGCCAUCGACCAACUUCUGGUCAAACCCAACACGGAAGCUAUCCUCUCGUAUGAACACCGCUACUAUCCCGACUACGAUCCACGGGACGAGUUUCGCACUCUGGCGGCGGCGCGGCAUUUGGAUGUACUGGUAGUGCCUUUGACAGAACACGAUCCCGUCUAUGCGGUCGACGACAUUGAGAUAUGGCGAGUCCGCCGGAAAACGUCGUAAGUUCCGUCGCUUUCGCCACCAUCACGAAUUACACCAACGACACAUGCGCUUCCGGCCUAGCAAUUUCGUAGACCACUGGGCCCGAACAAUGUUCGAGUUAGAGAGUGAGAGACUCGAGACUAAGGGUUCGGCUACGAACACACAUUGGGAGUCGACUGGUUCCAUCGUGAACACACCGACUUCGUCUAGUAUCGUGUGGUACUUGGCAGUAUGGAUAGAAACUGCAGAUUCGAUUCCGUUCUGGACAAACAGGUUCAUCUCUCGUCU